CCCUGUGGGGAGCCCCAUCUACAGGUCAAAAUGGAUGAAAAUUGUAAACAAGACGGAGGAUUAUAAAUAACAUAGUGAGGGAUGACCAGGUAGUGCAGGUAUCACAUGUUUAUCGAGCAACACAGGUAAAUAAAAUUACAGCUUUAUUGCACACUAUAAAAGUGGCAGACGAUCUGUGCAGUUUGUGAAAUCCGCAUAAUCCGCAUAAUCCCACGGAAUCACGCCAGAACGGAGAUAAACACGGAAAGAGACAGGAAGUGAUAGAAUUUAUCAGCUCUACAAGAUUUUCUAAUUUCAACUGGAUCUUUACAAGAUCAGUCAUGGAGAGUGCAGUCACGGACUUCUCUUUUAAACUCUAUCAAGUUCUAUGCGAAGGGGGUGAGAAUCUGUUUAUGUCACCGUACAGUGUAUCGGCGGCUCUUAUGUUAACGAUGUUGGGCGCCAAAGGGGAAUCCGAGGAGCAGAUAAAACAGGUAUUGGGAGUAGCGGGGGUUCCUAACCCGCACCAGGCGUAUCAGAAGCUACACGCCACCCUGACAGGAAAGUCCAAGGACGGAGCAAAGCUCGCCAUAGCCAACCGGAUAUUUUCCAAACUCGGUCUGGAGAUUAAAGAGUCGUAUAAAAAGGAAUCGCUGGACUAUUACAACAGUGAAAUAGAAUUGUUGGAUUUUGUGGGAAACCCGGAAGAGUCGAGAACUCGAAUCAACACCUGGGUUGAGGACCAGACCAACAAUAAAAUCAAGGAUUUGAUUCCAGAGGGAGGGAUUAAUUCCCUUUCGUUAAUUGUUUUAACCAAUGCUAUUUACUUCAAAGGGGAUUGGGAAAAUGCAUUCAAGGCCUCGAAUACAAAGAGCGAACUAUUUCGAGUAUCCGAGACAGAGUCGGGCACGGUUGAAAUGAUGAAUAUGAAAAAGGAAAAGUGGCUAAUUGGUAUGUCCAAAUCACUGGGUUGCCAAGUUCUGGAUCUUCCAUACAAAGGGGGAGAACUAAGUAUGCUAAUCGUUCUUCCGAACAAGGUUGACGGAUUGUCGUCAUUGGAAUCAAACUUGUCGGCUGACACGUUUCGGGAACUAACAAAGGAAAUGUACCGCGAGGAUGUCAUUGUCUCCAUACCGAAAUUCAAACUAGAAAGCUCGUUUCAACUGGAUAAAGUUCUUGGUGGGAUGGGAAUCACCGAUAUCUUUUCCAGAAAAGCCGACUUUGGCGGCAUGAUGGAAAACCCGCCAGAUGGCACUUAUGUAUCCGACGUCAUUCACAAAGCGUUUGUUGAGGUCAACGAGGAGGGCACGGAAGCCGCCGCUGCUACAGCAGUAAUGAUGAGACUGAUGUGCAUGCCGCUAGAACCAAUAGUAUUUAAAGCGGACCACCCCUUCCUUUUCCUGAUCAGAGAAAAUUCGACCGGAACUGUAUUGUUUAUCGGUCGCUUCUUGAAACCAACCAACUAAUAUCUUCAAAUGUAAACCAUAAUUUUUACGAACUAAAUUCUAUUAUCAAAAUCAAUUGUAUUAAUACAUGAUCUUGUAUAAAUUGCUUAUAGCUUUCAAUGUUUGACAUGUACAUUUAAUUUGUUAUAAGUGUUUUUACAUAUAUUUUGUACUAUGAAUUAUUUAUUAUAUUCAUUGCAAUACAAGGCAAGGUUCGACAACUCCAUUUCCUGAAGUAAACUGUAAACACAUACAUCUGAUAAAGAAGUAACCAAUAGUUUUAGAAAAACUGGUAUAAACAUGGCUCUAAACGGAAAAAUACGAAGAGCUCCUCAAGUUCCGGAGAUAGAUAUGUCGCAUUCGUAUUUAUCAUACGAAAACGUGUUACUGGAAUUUGGACUCAAUGGUCCCCGGAUCGAGUACCGGAGUUAUCCUAUGUUUUCUGAGAGUUGUCCGUCGGCAUAUUUGCCUGUUCCAGCUGGGUUCUCUUAUCUUUUUGUUGACUGCAUAGUGAAGUGUGCAAAGAAUUAUCAUAUACAAUUUGGAAAUUACAAAAUCUUCAGCAAGAACUGUAAAUACAUUCAUCAAUAUAAUGUCGAACAUAUUGUGCCAUGAAAUCCGCUGUCCUUACUGUUGUAGAUAAUAAAGCUGAUUUGUGUUUCUCUCGAAUGAAUAAA